AGUCGGGCCGCGAGCGCGGGACGAGGAGAGCGAGUGGUGAGAGAGAAAGAGCCGGACCCGGUGCGAGGAGAGGGAAAACCACGGGGGCUUUUGAAAAAGUUUUAUCUUGUCGGUGCGCUCGGCCUCUCAGACGCUACCGAACGCCGGUGCGGUGUUGUUGGCCACGGUGUGGUCGCCUCCUCGGCGACGUGUUACCAGCGAAAAGAGCGAAAAAAAAGAGAGAGAGAGAGAGAGAGAGGAAGAAGGGAAGAGAGAGAAAGGUAGAAAAUCCCGGUCGUGCGCCCGCGAUUUCCGGUCCCCGAAACGGUUCUCCCGGUUCGUCAGCUUCCGUCCAACUCGUCCGCCCGCGCGCCCGCGGACGUUUACGCGCGAAAAAAAAAAAGUCGCCGCGAGGACCGUCGAGGAGGAGACUCUCGACGAGCGUCAUCCGCAGCACAAGAGGACAAAUUUCUCCCGCGUGUCCUUGGAGGAAUUAUUUUUCCUUCGCCCGUCUCGCCAUGCACCGUCGUCGCUGAGGUGUCCCGCAGUGCCGAUCAAGAGAAAGAGCGAGCGAGAGGGAGAAAGAAAAAAGGGGGGGAGAGACGGACGACGACAGGUAGGAAGAGAGAGAAAGAGGAUCACAGUCAGGAAGAGGGCGAAGAGGUCGAGAAGUGACUCCUUGGCCGGUCGCGACAGACGGCCAGCGGCGAGAUGAAGAACCGUGUGUUGCUAAAGAGUGCAUUGCUCCUGUUGCUCAUCGCGGCGGAUGGUCUGGUGACAGCGUCCGAGGAUGAUGACUUGAUUUUCGAUCUGGAGGGCAAACAAACCGCGGCUCAGGCACCAUUGAUCGAAACGCAUCAGAAGGACUCCCUUUUUCACAGGAUAAAGAGAGGAGUUUGGGACUUUUUUACAUCGUCACCCACGACCACGACCACGACCACGACUACACAAGCGCCGUCAGACCAAACAGAAGAGGAUGAAGAUCAAAAUCAAGAUAUUGACAAAUCAGUCGUCUUGAACGUUGGAGAUGAAGGAAAUCAUACUCUCGAUCACCCUGAAAUGCCCGAAACGAAUAUCGGUGGCAUCGAAAGAUUGACCCUCGAGAAGAACGACGACAACGAGGACAACGAUGAAGCAGAUGAGCACGAAAAUGAAAUUAGUAACGCCGCGGAAAGUCAAAGAAUACCGAUAACGUACGGAAAUACCGAUGACGAAGAUUUGGCUGGUUCGGGAGAAAUCGAAGGCAGUGCAGGAGAAGUGGAUUACCAUUCAAAUAUAGGAAAUAAACAUCGCAGUACUGACGGCAAAGCACGAUUCUACCGAAUAACAUUGACAGUUGGCGAGCCCUAUAGGCGAGAAUACUCUGACAGAAACAGUCUUGAGUACCGAGAAUUGAGCGGCAACCUCACAGAUGCCGUCGAAAAAUUGUACAAUCGUCACCUUCCGGGAUUUAAUCACUUCGCCAGCGUCGUCAAAAUAUCGCCAACGACCGAUGCUUUUACGUCGCAAGUUACCCUAGACAUUGGUUCGACAUUCACGGACGAGCUCGAGGUGCGUGCCAUCCUAGACCAACAGCUGCAGUAUCAUUCCUUGGGCAGCAUCCAAGUAGGUCCGGAGGGAUUCACAUUCAGGAUAUUCCAAGCCGGAGAAAAGGACACGCAGCCGGAAUGCGAUCAAAUGACCGAAUUAAGGUGCAGGAGCGGCGAAUGUGUGCCUCUAGAAUCCCGUUGUGAUAGCGUAUUGCAAUGUAACGAUGGUUCCGACGAGGACGACUGUCCGACAGAUUCGUUGAAUAGAACACGCGAUUUUGAGUACACCACCGUGGCACCACCGGCUUCACAUUUCCCAGUGGAGAGGACUUAUACGAAAUCACCGCCUGAGGUAAAGUCGGAGGUAUCGAACAUCGACGAGGACGAGGAGUCUACGCUAAGAUCAUCGUCGAACAAGUGCCGCGCUGACGAUACGGUACGCUGUCACGAUGGCAGUCGUUACAUCUGUUCGGUGCAGCAAUGCGAUGGCGUCCCAGACUGCGAUGACGGUGGUGACGAGAUUGAUUGUCCACAUCCAGGCUGCAGCGUUGGAGAAUUUGCAUGUGACGUAAACAGAUGCAUAUUGGAAUCUCAACGAUGUAACUUCUUAGAGGACUGCCAAGAUGGUAGCGACGAAUAUGACUGCAAUUAUCCACAUUGCUCCCCGACCGAGUUCAUAUGCAGAAACAGGCAGUGCAUCGACAGUAGCAAAUUCUGCGAUGGCGCGCGAGAUUGUUACGAUGGAUCCGAUGAACACAACUGCCCUUGCAAGGAAGACCAAUUCGAAUGCGCGCCUGGUUAUUGCGUGUCCUUAUCACGACGCUGUGACGGAUACACGGACUGUUCUGGUGGAAGGGACGAACAAAAUUGUUACAACAUGACACGUUGUCGAGUGGAUGAAUUCGAGUGCGCCAGCGGUUCGUGUGUCAGCAAAAAUGCAAGAUGUGACGGACGGAACGAUUGUCUAGAUCAUUCUGACGAGUAUAAUUGCAACGUGACCACCUGUAGUGGAGAUCAAUUCCGUUGUCUGGAUGGCACCUGUCUGAGUAUUGACAAGCGUUGCAACGGAGUCGCCGAUUGCCGCAACGGCGAAGAUGAGAGCCAAUGUGGUUGCGGAGACACCGAGUUCCGCUGUACGGACGGCAGCUGCAUCAGCUACGUGUUGCAGUGCAACGGGGUGAACGAGUGCACUGACGGCUCUGAUGAGAGGGACUGCGGUUUGGCCCCGUGCCCUUCCACGGACUUCACCUGCGGGGAUGGCUCUUGCGUACUGAAGAGCUUGGUCUGUGACGGAGUCGACGACUGCCCCAGGGCAGAAGACGAGCUUUAUUGCGAGCGGGAAUGCACGCCUAACCAGUUCAAAUGCGCCACCGGGAACAAGUGCAUCGAGGACAUCUACAGAUGCGACGGCCAUCCGGAUUGUCCAGAUUAUAGCGACGAGGACUGCGCUCCGUCCGCUAACGACACUACACACACCACUUCGCCUACCACCAACCCGUUCAAUCCACGCUGGACACCCGAACGCAGGAGGGAAUGCGAUCCGAGGAAGGAGAUGCGCUGCGAUGACGGUGGUUGCGUUCUCCUGCGACGUAAAUGCGACAAUAUCUUCGACUGCCUUGACGGCAGCGACGAGCGAGGCUGUGGGGUGUGCACACCUGCCGAAUGGAAGUGCGCCAGUGGCGAAUGCUUGCCAGAAAACCAAAGGUGCGAUGGGAUAAUGCAGUGCAGCGACGGAUCCGAUGAGGAUCGAUGUGUAACCGAAUGUCCGGCUGGGUGGUUUCGAUGCAACGAUGGAUUGUGCCUCGACAUUAAGAGACGUUGCGAUGGCCGGCCGCAUUGCUUGGACGGCUCCGACGAGAUCAAUUGUCCUCAAUGCCCCGACGGUCAACUACCCUGCGACAAUGGCGUCUGUAUCAAUAAGAACUUCUUCUGCGACCACAAUAUGGACUGCCAUGACGCUAGUGACGAACGAAAUUGCCCGGACAGCGGAGAGACCGGCCAAAACGAAGAAUGCCAGCCCGACAGCUUCACCUGCAACGACGGCAGCUGCAUACCCCAAGCCGCGGUGUGCGACGGACGUGCGGAUUGCCCGCACGACGAGGACGAGCUUAACUGUCGUCAAGGUGUAGACGCCUCGGAUAGUGCCUCCUCGGGGGGGCGUUCAGAGACGCCGGGGGUGGUAGCCGGUGCGAAUCCGGUGGAUAACGAGGCUUACAGCCCAGACACAGAUGCAAAUGCUGAUGUGCCGCCGACAAAUCUGAGCACGCCGAGGAGUUGUGCUCCGGAUGAUUUUGUUUGCGCCGACGGCACUUGCAUUCCCGAAACCCACCACUGCGACCAUUUCUACGAUUGCCGCGACUUUACCGACGAACAGUACUGCUUCGGAUGCACGCGGGAUGAGUUCCAGUGCGCCAAUGGAGACUGCAUCCGCGCCGAUCAAAGGUGCAACGGAUACAUCGAGUGCGCCGACGGUUCUGAUGAGGAGGAAUGCGAGCCUCCAGUGCCAUCGUCAUCAGGUCAAUGUGCUACGGAUCAAUAUAUGUGCAUUUCGGAUAGAAGGUGCGUCCCAUUAUCCUCCAUCUGUAACGGAAUUCCCGAAUGCCGAGAUGGAUCUGAUGAACAUAACUGCGCUCGCGAAGCGGUAUGUUCGUACGAGGAGUGGAGGUGCAAGAGUGGCGAUUGUAUACCACAACAUCAACGUUGCGAUCGCCGAAUCGAUUGCCCAUACGACGACAGCGACGAGUUGGACUGUCACUAUAGGGCAAUGCAAAGAAAUCACAGUAGGUGCAGCGCGCACGAAUGGACGUGCAAUGACGGUCAUUGCAUCCCGCUGCAUCAGCGGUGCGACAAACGGCUCGACUGUCCUAGAGACAUGUCCGAUGAAAUGGAUUGCAGUUAUGAUAAUUAUGCCGGAACAUCUGACCUUAGGCUGAAGACGUAUCCCAGUGAGCAAGUGAUUAAAGAAAACCCGGCGAAGCAAGGUCGCGAGGUCGUAUUCCAAUGCCGUGACGAGGGUCUUCUACGUGCCAGAGUACGUUGGAUUCGCGGCAAUGGCCUUCCACUGCCGCCCGGCAGCCGAGACAUCAACGGUCGCCUGGAGAUACCCAACAUCCAACUCGACCACGCCGGAACUUACAUCUGCGAAGCCGUGGGUUAUCCACCGUCCACCCCGGGCCGUCAAGUGAACGUCGUCCUUACUGUUGAGAAGUUUGAGCAGCCGACUACCCGACCUCCGCAAGUGUGCCAAUACGAUCAGGCUACCUGCAGCAAUGGCGAUUGCAUUCCUAAAUCGUUUGUGUGCGACGGUAAAUUCGACUGCACCGAUGGAUCUGACGAGAUGCGAUGCAGUCCGCACGGAUGCGAGCCGAACGAGUUCCGCUGCAAUAAUAAGCAGUGCGUCAGCAAGUUGUGGCGUUGCGACGGCGACAAGGACUGCGCGGACAACAGCGACGAGGAGAACUGCGCGCCGUCUCCCCCGGGAUCACCGUGCCGUUACAACGAGUUCGCCUGUAGCAGCAAUAAACAGUGUAUCCCGAAGAGCUACCACUGCGACAUGGAGCGCGACUGCUUGGACGGCAGCGACGAAGUUGGAUGCUCUCCUGUUUACAUCAUGAAACCUCCACCGCCGAUGGUCGUCCUUGUACCGGGCGACAUGUUGGUCCUCACCUGCACGGCGAUCGGUGUUCCGAUACCGGAAAUCAAUUGGCGUCUCAAUUGGGGACAUAUCCCCGCGAAGUGCACAACCGUGUCCACCAAUGGAACAGGCACGCUAACGUGUCCAGACAUACAGCCGGAGGACCAGGGUGCGUAUUCGUGCGAGGCAUUGAACGUCGGAGGCUUCGUCUUCGCCGUGCCGGAUGCCAUCGUUGUCGUAAAGGAACGCGGCAACAUCUGCCCACGGGGCAAGUUCAAUUCCGAGGCUAAGGUAGCCGAGGAGUGUAUCUCGUGCUUCUGUUUUGGCGUCGCCACCGAAUGCCGCAGUGCUGAUCUCUUCACUUAUCAAAUCCCGCCGCCGUUCGACCGUCAUAAAAUCAUAUCAGUCGAGACCACUCCGACGAUUAGAAUUCACGGCGACGUUAGUAAUCAGAUAUCCCAAAUCCGACCGCUUGGCCGGGACGGAGUUCAGCUGUUGGAAUCCUUCAGCAACGAACUCGACGUCUAUAACGUUCCCUAUUUCCCACUGCCCGAGAACUAUCACGGUAGUCAAUUAAAGUCCUACGGUGGCUACCUGAAAUACUCGAUCCGUCACAGCGGUAAUGGCACGCCGAAUCACGCACCUUCUAUCAUUCUCAGUGGCAACAAUUACAUUUUGGUGCACAAAGGUGAAGAGCCAACGCCUGAUUAUGAAAAUGAGAGAUCUGUCAGAUUCUUCUAUGGCGAUUGGUACAAGCAGCAAGGAAGAAGCGAGGUCCUGGCCUCCAGGGAGGAGAUUAUGAUGACACUAGCGAAUGUUGACAACAUUCUUAUAAAAGUGAAAUACGACGACUCACCACAACUAGAUGUUCGUCUCACCAACAUUGUUAUGGACACCGCUGACACACGAAAUACCGGUCUAGGGUCCGCAUCUUUUGUCGAAGAAUGUCAAUGUCCUACCGGAUACACUGGUCUAUCUUGCGAACAUUGCGCACCUGGUUACCUGAGACGCGAAAGCGGACCAUGGCUUGGCCAAUGUUAUAGGGAUGAACCACCGUGCCCUCCGGGAUACUAUGGCGAUCCCUCAAGGAACAUCCCUUGCCAAAUCUGUCCUUGCCCGCUUACCAACCCGUCAAACCAAUUCGCCCGCACAUGCCAUCUUGGUUCUGACGGUCAACCCACGUGUGACUGUCCUCCUGGUUAUGUUGGACGCAGGUGUGAACGGUGUGCCGAUGGCUACCAAGGGAAUCCUCUUAUUCCUGGAGAUAUGUGCGUUCCACUUCAACAAUGUGAUCCAAACGGAAGCCUUAGUCCUAACGCUGAUCAUACUGGAAAAUGUCAUUGCAAGCAAUAUGCGACGGGUCUCACUUGCAACCAAUGUAAGGCGAAUACCUAUAGUCUGGCCUCAACAAAUCAAUUUGGAUGCAUAUCUUGUUUCUGCAUGGGCAUUACCAACAGAUGCGUUUCCUCUAACUGGUACAGAAACGAGAUUCGCGUGUCGUUUACCAACUCGAUUCGAGGCUUCUCCCUGAUUGAAUCCAAGAGCACUGACACAUCAGAAAUUGUUGAGGGAAUUCAUUUAAACACCAUCAGCCGGGAAAUAAUCUACAGUGACUUUCCCAAUCGCGGUAACAAUGAUGUCUACUACUGGCAAUUGCCCAGUAUUUUCUUAGGAGAUCAAAUAACAUCUUACGGCGGCAAUCUCAAGUAUACCGUCAGAUACGUGCCUUCUCCAGGCGGUCAAAGUUCAAGGAACAACGCCGCGGACGUCGAACUCAUCAGUGCCAACGACAUUAACUUGCUCUACUAUUCUCGCGAGUCUCCCGAGCCUAACUCCCAGCAAUCGUUCACCGUACCGUUGCUCGAGCAAUAUUGGCAACGUAAUGACGGAACUCAAGCGGACAGAGAGCAUCUACUAAUGGCCCUAGCGGAUGUACGAGCCAUCAGAAUUAAAGCCACUUAUACUACACAUACAGACGAAGCUGCUCUCUCUUUCGUGUCUUUGGACACCGCCGAGAAGUACAACACAGGUAAAGAUCGCGCGGUUGAAGUUGAAGAGUGUACUUGCCCUGCCGGCUACAGAGGACUUUCAUGCGAGGAUUGCGACGUUGGUUACACUCGAGCCAUUGAAGGUCUCUACUUAGGUAUUUGUGAGCCGUGCAACUGCAAUAAUCACUCAAGUCAGUGUGAUCCUGAAACUGGCACCUGUGAGAAUUGCGCUCAUCACACCACUGGUGAGUACUGCGAACUGUGCGAAUCAGGAUAUGAAGGAGACGCUACCCGAGGCACGUCGAAUGAUUGUAUAUACGGAAGACCGACGAAACCCGAGCCAUGCAGAUGUAACGAGGCUGGCUCACGCAGCACUUAUUGCGUUGAUGGCCGAUGUGAGUGUAAAAGAAAUGUCGAGGGCCCAGAAUGUAAUCGAUGCCGUCCGUCGACAUACGGAUUACGCGCUGAGAACAUUGAUGGAUGCAUCGAAUGUUACUGUAGCGGGGUAACUGAUCAAUGUCACGAGAGCACAUUGUAUGUACAGCAAAUACCGAUGUGGGUAUAUGACUCACAUCACGGCUUCACUCUCACGGACUCGACUAGACGCGACAUAAUUGAUGAUGGUUUCGAGUUAAAUGUGGCAAUGAAUGAAAUUGGCUACCGCUAUCCGGACAACAGAAACCGCAGAUUGUUCUGGUCGCUGCCGAGUGUUUUCACUGGUAACAAAGUGAAGAGUUACGGCGGGAACUUGACUCUGACGCAGCAUAUUACGGCGUAUCCUGGCGCUCAGAGUUAUAAGGAUCAAGACAUUCUGCUGAUUGGCAAUGGCAUCACAUUGUUCUGGACCAAUCCGGUGGAAUUGCAACCCGAGAUUCCUUUGACUUACUCCGUCCCAUUGAACGAACACGAAUGGAGACGACUGACCACCGAAGGGCCGCGCAGCGCUUCCAGGACGGAUCUUAUGAUCGUGCUGUCCAAUCUGGAGGCUAUCCUAGUCCGCGCAUCCCAUAGCGAGCGAAUGACCGCAACGUAUAUCAGCGAUAUCAGUAUGGACACGGCUGUGGAGAAUGUGAUCGGAAACCGACGAGCGAUUCAGGUCGAGGGUUGUCGUUGUCCUAUCGGUUACACGGGCACCUCUUGCGAAACCUGUGCUCGCGGUUAUUAUAGAGACACCAGCGAUCGAACCGUCAGUUAUCUAGGCGCAUGCAAUCCCUGUCCAUGCAACAAGAACGAGGAGAGCUGCGAGAUCAGCAGAUCCGGUCAUAUCAAGUGCCACUGUUUGCCAGGUUUCACGGGGCAGUAUUGUCAAGAAGGUGAGCUUAUGGUAAGCCUAAUGCCCAUGAAUGCCGAAGUCAAACCAUACUCUACGACCCAAUUUACGUGCAACUAUGACUAUCCAGACACGUUUUACAUCUAUUUUAAAUUGUCACCGCUUGAUGGAUUUCCCUUAACUGCGAAAAUCGACAAAAUCGUCGGCCCAAUAAUGAAGACAAAAAAUGGAGCUAUCCGCACUUCGUUCAUCCACAUGGAAAAUACCCCUUGCAACGUGGAGUGUCACAUUGUGAAUGGCGACAAAGAACUGAUCAAGAUUAUGACGUCAAUUACGCCAGUUGGAGAACCAACGACUACUACGUCUGGCCCAAUACUUCCACCAAGGAUUACAAUUUACAUACAGGAACCGGAAUUCCAGAUUGUUCACACUGGAAAUACCAUUCGAUAUCAUUGCACAGCUAGAUCUAAAGAUAGCGACUCGGUGCAUAUUAGGUGGGAGAAAGAAGGUGGUCAAUUACCAUCUGACAGAAGCGUGGAUGACGCGAAUGGACUGUUGGUCAUUAGAGAUGUGAAGGUGUCUGAUAGCGGCAUAUACGUUUGUCAAGUUAGCGAUGGAAUAAACAUUGGAUAUAAGAAAGUUACGCUUACUGUUGGAGCGUUUCCAAAACACUUGUUGGAGAUACCAGGAGCCAAUCCAGUGGAGCCUAGAGUUGUUAUAAAUCCAUCAUAUCAGCAAGUGAGGGAAGGCGAACCGGUUGAGUUCCGCUGUGAAGCCACUGGUAAUCCACCACCUCAAUUGGAUUGGUUACGUGUUCACGGAAGCAUGAGUCCAGAGGCGACGUUCUACAACGGCGUGUGGAGCCUUCCAGCCGCAUCAAAGAACGACGCAGCAGAGUAUAAAUGCAUCGCUAGGAACAACGUUGGCAUAGACGAGAAGACAACCAUCUUAUAUGUUCAAGAUAAUCCUGACAAGCCGCCACCUCAAGGGUUACCGCCGACUGUAACUCCGUCCGAGUGGUCUGGAACCAGCGGAGAUGUCGUCAGAUUGAUUUGCACACCGUCGCAACAUGCGAAUGUCACGUGGACGAGAUCCGGCGGAUUACCAUUGCCUUAUACCGCUAGUCAACGCGACGGUAUCUUGACGAUCACCAAUCCUACUCCCAGCGAUUCCGGUAUAUACGUGUGCACCGCGACGAGUGUUCGAGGAACGGAGACGAGCACUACUGCCAGAAUUACGAUAGUGUCCCGCAGGGAGCCACCAACGGUCAAGGUCAGACCAGAACGGCAGGAAGUGUCGCAGGGCACAGUGGCCGAGGUGCGUUGCAUUACCACCGGAGAGCCAGGUAUACAAGUGAAAUGGAGCAAGUACACGGAAACGAUGAGUUCGCGUGUUCAACAAGUAGGAGAUACGCUCAGGAUUAUUAACGCUCAAGUCUCUGAUCGAGGAGUGUACAUUUGCCAUGUUACCAGCCCCACGGGAAGUUACGAGGCCAGUGCCAUCAUCGAAGUUGAACCUCGCGAAGCUCCACUUUUAGAACUAUACCCACAAGACACACAAUCAGUCAUCCUCGGUGGUUCUGCCGAUCUUCAGUGUCGCGUGAAAGCCGGUUUUCCGGUGCCCGAAUUGCACUGGUCUCGCCAAGAUCAUCGACCAUUUGCCUCCAACAUCGAACAGCUUCCUGGCGGACUCCUCAGACUAUCAAACAUCACAACGAGUGAUGGUGGUACCUACAUUUGUUCUGCGUCAAACGAAGUUGGCUCAACAUCAGUCAUCGCCCACAUCGAAGUACAGUCCAUGCCUGUGAUCACCGUCACUCCGCAGCAUGGCAUCUUACAAGUGAAACGCGGAAGUCGAGUUCGUUUAACGUGUAGCGCGACCGGUUAUCCGCAACCUAACAUAGCUUGGAGCAGACACGUGCACGGAAUAACUAGACAUGACAUGUUUAGUAAAUUAGCUACUCCAUCAAGCGCUGUUUACGAAAUAUUCGCUGUUUCACCUGAUGACGAAGGAUCCUACACCUGCCAAGCCACGAAUGCCGUAGGAAUAGCCGAAGAGCGUAUCCAGAUACGUAUCGAGGAAGACGAUUACGUGCCUUGCACUGGCGACAGAGGUGAUAUUCCGUGCGUGGACGUUCGACAGCGACCUGAUGAUUCUGGGGACUCGAAGGAGACAGAAGGUGGAGUAUUGAUCCCCAAAGAUUAUUUAAGAAUCCCGAACGGAGGAAAGGUAGAAAUGCGUUGUCAGGUCUUUGGACCGGAUGGAAACCAUAUCUAUCUGGAUUGGAAGAGAAGCGAUCAUCGUUCCCUUCCGGAAGGUAGCACAGUACACAAUGGAGUGUUAAGUAUUCCGACUGUUGAUAGAAACGCGGCUGGAGAAUACAUUUGCUUGGGCUUGGAUCCUGCUGGCACCGUGCUCUUCCGGGCGAAAUCUCAUCUUGAAGUUAUAUCUCCGCCAAGAAUUGAAUUAAAUCCCACACGUCAGACAGUGGGACCUGGAGAAAAUCCAUCCAUAAUUUGCACUGCCACAGGAGACGAACCCCUACAUAUUGAGUGGGAAGCUAUAGGACGUCCAUUACCGUAUUCUGUAUCGCAUAGCGGUGGCACCUUGCAAUUCCAUGGCAUUACCUAUUCCGACGCUGGCAAAUAUGUGUGUAAAGCGAUCAAUUCAGCAGGAACAGCGGAAGCGGUAGCAGAAGUUUUAGUUAAUGAACAUUCUUAUGAAAAUCCAAGAAUUCGCGCCGAGCAAGGAGACGUGAUAACCCAUGUCGGUAAUUCUGUACGCUUACGUUGCGAGACACGCGAACGUGCUUUGAUCCAUUGGAGUCGAGAGGGGCAACCUUUGCCGGCCAACGCGCGAAUCGGAGAAGAUUACUUAGAGUUGAUACAAGUGAAGCCGGAAGACAGUGGAAGAUACAUAUGUCAGAUUCAGACCAGUCGCGGUGUAUCCAGUGAUUAUAUUAAUUUCAACGUUUCUGUAGUUAAUUUGCUUGCGGAUUGCAUGCCAGUGUACCGAUCGCAGUGCAGGCACUGGGAGUAUCAAUGCAGAAGCCUACAAUGCAUUCCGAUGGAAUACUUUUGCGAUGGCUAUGUUCAGUGCAGCGACGGUACUGACGAACGCUUCUGCCGCAACGCGCGCUAUCGCCAAUAUCUUCAAAGACGACGCGCUGCUGCGGUACCUUCAGUGAGCGUCGAGGUGUCUCAAGAUCCGGUAAACAUCGGUGAUACAGUUGAUAUACACUGCACAUACAUGAUACACACUGGGAUGACGCGUAGUCCACGUUAUCGUUGGACGAGACCGAAUCACGCGAGUCUACCAGCAAACGCUCAAGAGUACGGCAAUGUCUUGAGACUGACUAAUGUAGCCGUUAGCGAUAGCGGACCCUACAGGUGCAUAGUAAUGGACACGCCCGAAGGUAUACUCGAAAAGGACUUCAAUCUGAUCGUGCACGGCGGAAUUCUCGAUGAACCAGCGAUCGAGACCAAAUUUGCACCGUAUGGAUCAAGUCUGGAAAUGGAUUGUCGUCUAGAUCUCGAGCCGCCAAUACAAUACCAAUGGAAUAAACUUGGUGGACUUCUACCACGCGAUAGCCAAACUUAUGAAAAUAAAUUAAAGUUGACUAACGUAAAGGCUGAAGACGCUGGAACAUACGUUUGUGUUGGAAGUAAUGGAGAAUCGCGAGUCGAAGUACCUACGGUGCUGGUUGUAACAGGAGUUGUGCCUAAUUUUAGUCAAGCGCCCGAAAGCUAUAUCGCCUUCCCGCCUCUACCAGACUCCUACCUCAAAUUUAACAUAGAAAUCUCUUUCAAACCGGAAAGUUACGAUGGCAUUCUAUUAUAUAAUGACGAGUCUCCUGAAGGCAACGGCGACUUUAUCGUUUUAUCUUUAAAUAAUGGAUACCCGCAAUUCAAAUUCAAUCUUGGUUCUGGACCAGCCGUUAUUCGUGCGGAUAAGCCUGUUACUCUGAGCGAAUGGCACACCAUCAAGCUUCAACGCAAUCGAAGGGAGGGAACGAUGCUGGUGGAUGGUGAUGGUCCUUACAAGAUGAUCGCUUUGGGCAGACGCCAAGGUCUAGAUCUCAAAGAACCACUUUACAUCGGCGGAGUACCUAGCUACAACAGAAUCAACAAACAGGCCGAGGCGAACACAGGUUUCGUCGGAUGCAUUAGCCGAUUAGUUCUUGGGGAGAAGCAGGUUGAUCUGAUGAGCGAUCAAACUGAAAGCGUGGGUAUCACAACUUGUGAAACCUGCGCUGAGAAUCCGUGUAACAAUGGUGGUGUGUGUCAGGAAGCGGCCACGAAGAAUGGUUACACGUGCCUCUGUCGAGCCGGUUUUAGCGGCAAGCAUUGUGACAACGUCGGGCAAUCCUGUUAUCCAGGUGCAUGCGGAGAAGGUAAAUGCGUCGACAAAGAGAUCGGCUUCGAUUGUUACUGUCCGAUUGGAAAGACAGGAUCAAGAUGCGAAUAUUCGAUGGACAUUCACGACCCGGCUUUCUAUGAUGAUAAAGCUUUUAUUGCUCACGAGACUCCAAAAGCUCUCAGAUGGCUUACCGUAACCAUGAGUUUUAAUCCUGCGGACGCCGGGGACGGGAUCUUGAUGUAUUGUUCGCAAAGUGACGAAGGCCUUGGAGAUUUUGCAGCGCUCGUAUUAAAGAACAAGCACGUUGAGUUUCGCUUCGACAUCGGUUCUGGAAUGACGAUAAUAAGAUCACCUCACGCCAUCCAAUCCGGUGUAUGGACGUACGUGACAGUGAAUCGAGAUUUUAAGGAUGUGAAAUUGUCGGUGAACGGCGAGCCAUUCGUGGAGGGCAAAUCGCGCGGAGCUGCGAGAACCAUGAAUCUAAAUACACCUCUUUACAUUGGAGGGGUAGAUCGCAGAAGAAUCACGAUUAAUCGAAACAUCAGCGUCGAUCGUGGCUUUCGUGGAUGCAUAAGCGAACUGGAAGUUUCAUCAGUCAAUAUAGACAUAGUGAAGUCAUCAAUCGACGCGGCCAAUAUCGAGGACUGUUCGGAGCCUCAUCCGAAUCAGACGAUGAUCCAUACAACUAUCACCACUCCGGCCACGCAGCCGCCAACAACGUCGUACGAUCAUUGCGCAUUGAACUCCUGCAUUCACGGCCAAUGUCAAAGUCUAAGCGAUGACUAUUCGUGUAUAUGCGAAUAUGGAUAUGCAGGCAGAAAUUGCGAAAAGAUGCUAAAGCAAUGCGAAUUUCUCACUCCGUGUAGAAAUGGAGGCUCUUGUACGGAUCUUCACGAUUCCUACAAAUGCGAUUGUCGUCUUGGUUACAAUGGGCAGAAUUGUGAAAAGACGGCAGAGAUUACAUACGACGUUGCCUUCAGAGGAGACGGUUGGCUGGAACUAGACAGAUCUAUCAUGAUGCACGAAGAAGAGCGUGAGGUUUUAGGUCUCGAGAUUAGCACUAAUAAGAGUCAUGGAUUGAUCAUGUGGCACGGACAAACGCAGAAUGAUCUAACUCCCGAUGAUUACAUUGCUGUUGCUGUAGUAGAUGGAUAUGUAGAAUAUCAAUACAAUUUGGGCUCCGGUCCCGCUGUGAUUCGUGUCACCGCCCAACGGGUCGAUGAUGGGGAACGACACAGAAUAAUCCUAAAACGUCAAGGAAGCGAUGGCAGUAUCGAACUGAACGGCGAGCAUACUGAGAGCGGGAUCAGCGAUGGACUUCAGCAAACCCUGAACGCGAGGGGUAACGUUUACUUAGGCGGUUUACCGGACUACGCGAUGACUUAUGGCAGAUACCACGACGGAUUCUCUGGUUGUAUUUAUACGCUAGAGGUACAAGACUCAGGAGCCAUCGAUAUUGGCGAGAAGGCAAUUAAAGGUGUAAACGUCUCGCCGUGCACUAGAGUAAGGUGGAUACCAUCUUCACUAGUAUUCACGGAUGCGGAUGCAGACGGAUUUGAUGCGUUUGUACCGCCGCCGCCGGUGAACAUUAUUCAUCCGAAACCCGCAUCUAAUCUCGCCGCGUAUGACAUGACAAGUUACUCGUUGUUAAUUAUACUUCAAAAUCUCAUUGCUUUGACUAGGGAUAUUAAGGAACAAAGUGUACUUUUCACGCUGUUAUGCGUAGACGCAGUUAACAUUUUCAAUAGCUUAUUAAGCUAAAUGAAUAGAACAUUAUCGAUCUUAAACUUGUCGGAAAUACACAUAUCCCUUUAGACCAAAUUACCUAUUAUUAUCAAAUCGAAGUUGCGAAUGUACAGUACUUUGAAGGGUGUGUAUUUCUGCGGUAUAAUAUGUACAGUUUAUAAAUUUGUAAAUUAUUUAAUGCUUAACACUGACGUCGGAAGUAGCACGACGAAUUUACGUGAUCGAACUGAUAGACUUCUUACAAGUGGUGACUUCAGGAGAUACUGAAGAGAAGAUCUGCAUUUGCAUGAGGAACACACCGCGAAUUCGUACCAUUGUUGAGCGGUAAUGCCACUAAUGUGAAUGUGUUAAAAGCCAAAUAUAUACAUUAAAUUUUUCAUACAUAAUUUUGAGGAGGACAUUAGAAGUAUAAAGGAUCAAAAGCAAACCUGUUAUCACAGCUAAUCAAACGUUGUCGGAACAUUGUAUAAAAUAAAGCUACUUUUCGAUUGCAGUAAUUUGAUUUGACGGAACAUUCUGCAUAUACACGCAAAAAUCGAAAAGUAACACAUAUUUAAAAUAUAUGUAUUUCUUUUAUAGUUUGUCAUGAACGGGGAACUUGAGACAUAACAUGUGAAAAGAAAGUAACUAUUGCUAAAUGAGCGAGAAAAUUUUAUAUCCAUAAAUAUACAGAGUCUACAUGCACUAAUAUAUUGCUAUCAAUAUUUUAUAAUUAAAAUAACUAUAAAGUUUUAUACUACUUUAUUUGUACAAAAAAGGUAGAUACAAUUCAAUUCGCAAAUAAUCGAAUUAUUAUUUUAAAAGUGGCAGAAGAUUUAUGCAUUAUUUAGAAUUAUAAUUUAUUAUUGAUUACGAUAUAAAUAAAAAAGGACAUAGCGAUUAAACUUCUCAAUUCUCACGUCUUUUUGUUUUUUCUUAUUCUGUUUAUUGUUAUCAAGUUUUGCGCUAUCUUAUUUUUGUGAAUCAGCUGGAUGUUUGUAAGCAGCUGAUACGGCGACUGAUAUGAAAGGAAGAUGUGUUGAUGAUAAAGUAUAUAGUUAUAAUUUUUCACUGCCAUUGUGCUGAUUUAUUCAUAUUUAUAAUAUGAUAAAAUUCACGUCGUAUAGAGAAUAAAUGUUAUUCACCGGCGUAUGAGUGUAAUCAAAGCUUUAAUAAGACUCUGUUACAUAUUCACCCCAUGUUAUCGAAAAGACAAUAAAUUUUCGUCAUAAACCAAAGCCAUUUUGUUGAAGAAACUUUUCUAUCAAUAUUAUAAGCAUCGUUUUUACAUGUUGGAAAGAUAAUGCACAUUUAUAUAUGUAUAUAUAUAUAUAUAUAUAUAUAUAUAUUUAUAAUACUAAUAAGUUACGAACACAUUAUCCUCCAGUGACUAUUAAUCUCUGAAAAACAAGACAACAAAACAUAUACAAUCAACAAUCAAAUAGAGGAUUGAUGAACUGCUGAUUCUUCGAAUCUAGAUUGCACUCAUACCAUGAUGAAUACUUAUCAUUUAUUAUCGUAUAUAUCGUAGGUGCUUAAUUGUGAUUUUAAUGCAAAGGAGUAGCAGGCGAGUAAUCAAGAAUCGAUAAAUAAAUGGUAAAUAAGUAUAACUAAGAAAGCAUCAUCGAACGUAUGUGUUUUUUUUUUUAAGAUUUUUAAUCAGUCUGCGUGAUAUAUAAACAAAGAAAGUUAUAUAUGAGAAAGAAUUGCAAUAGGAAUAAGAAUGGCGAAAGUAAAAGAAAUGUGUGUUGCUACAUAUAUAAAAUUUAUAUCGAAUAGAUUAUGAAAAACCCGUGUAUAAAAUAAAACAGUGUUCUCUGAUAUUCUCUAUAUUCGAGAUCUUAUGAAAGUAAAACGUACAAUUUGAUAAUAAUAACAAGUAUUCGGCCACCAAGAUAUAUAUAUCUGCGCAAUUAGAUUAUAAUUCCUAAUAUCAGUUAAAAAGUGCAAUAUUUAUAACAUAAAAAGCAAGUGUUUUAUUACAUUUUCAAACUAUUAAAACAGUUGAUCUUAAUCUUCCUAAAUCAUUAAAUUAUAUUAUAUGCGUACGAAAUAUUUUAUAUCAAUAUAAAUAUUUAUCAUAUAAUUCAUUAUCAAUUUAACACUUUCUUUACAUGUAUUUAUUUUAUUAAUUUAUAUGAUAAAAAUAGAACAUUUACGCAAUAGAAUUAUUAAUAUUAUACAAAGAAACUACAUCAUUGUGAUCUAAUUUUUCUCUAUAGUUCUUUUUAUUUAGUUUUUUUUUCUAUUUAUUCUGUCAAGAAAUAUUGUCUAAUUUAUACAAACUGUUUUAGUUUUCAAAGAUCUUCAUACGUAACAUACAUACUCUGCAGUAUGUGCAUUGAUAAUGAUAUUUAAUAUUUCGUUAAUCUAUUCUUUGCAUAAAUCAAUUGUUGCGCAUAAUGAAAGAAGAAAUGUCAUUGAACGAAAUUCUACAGAUUGCCUUCAGAUAUUAUUUGAAAAAUGAGAGAUACCAAGAUACUAUAUCAUAGCUGUCGUGGAAUUUUCUACGAUUCUAUUACUGUUGUAAACAUACUGUAAAUGAUCAUGUACAGAAAAAAAUCUAUGCAUAUACUUGUAUAUUAUAUUCUAAUACUUUAAUCAUACACUCCGACAUCGAAUGAACGCUUUUGGAUGUUCAUGCAAACGUUAGUUACAUAAUACUGUAAUAUGUAUAUUGCGUUAUAUACAGGGUGCAAUAAAAAAUUUUUCGGCCUGCCUUUGUUACGCGAUUGCGGUAUUCGUGUGAAUAAUGCCAGUAGCAUCCUAAUUAGAACAUCUCAAUUAGGAUCGAUGUUGCAGUUGAUAAUAUUGCUCCCUGUAUAUAAAAUCAUACUGAAAGUAUCUACCGUAAUAUAUAUAAAUGUAGUCUAUUGUUACAUAAUAAUUCUUCAAAGAAAAUGAGACAAUAAAUUAUAAUUUUGCUAACAAA